AUGGAGGAGGCAAAGAGGGAGAGUGAUAGAAACAGAGUCCAGCAGGGCUCUUCAGUGCAGGAGAUCCAAACCAGCCAUGACACCAUUUCGAAGAUCACCUCAGCAGCAGAAAAGAUGCAGUGCUCGGCAGCCAUGGACAUUCUGUUCCUCAUGGACGGCUCCUACAGCGUGGGGAAGGGCAGUUUUGAGAGAGCCAAGCACUUCGCCCUCAAACUCUGCCAGGCGCUCGACAUAGGACCAGAGAAGGUGCGAGUAGGUGCGAUCCAGUUUGGCUCCGCCCCUCGGCUGGAGUUUUCCCUCGAUGCAUACACCACCAAAGAAGAACUGAGGAAGCACAUGAAGAAGAUAGCCUACAAAGGGGGCAGCACACAGACCGGGCUGGCCUUGAAGUAUGUACUGAAGAAGGGUUUCCCAACAGCCCGCAACUCUUCCAGCCUGGCUCAGAUCGUCAUCCUGCUGUCGGACGGCAGGUCUCAAGGCAGGGUGGCGCAGGCAGCCGCCCAGCUGAAGGAGAUGGGCAUUGUCCUGUUUGCUGUGGGCCUGCGUUACCCCAGAUGGGAGGAGCUACAUGAGCUGGCCAGUGCACCGGUGGAGAGCCAUGUGUUCUUUGUGGAUCAUUUCUAUGAUGCAGUCAAUGGGCUGUACACCACACUCACCACUUUCUCUGUGUGCAGUGCCACCCCUGCAGGCUGUCAGGUGGAGACCUUCCCAUGUGAGAGAAAGACUCUGGAGACGGUGAAGGAGCUGCAGGGGAAUUUCAUGUGCUGGAGAGGCUCCGCGGGACAUCUGCCCUACACCUCUCUCUGUCCUUACUACAGGUACAACAAGGUUUAUAAGAGACACCAGACUGUUUGCCACCGAACUGUUUGUCCAGAUCCUUGUGAUUCUCAGGCCUGCCUUAAUGGUGGAACCUGUGUGUCGGAGGGUGUGGAUGGCUACCACUGUGUGUGUCUGCCUGGCUACGGAGGAGACCCCCACUGUGCUCCUGCACUAUCACUGGACUGUUCUGUGGAUCUUCUCUUCCUGGUGGAGGGCUCGGCCACGCUCACCUUGGAAGGCUUCCUCCGCCUCAAGACCUUUUUGAAGCGGUUUCUGCAGGCUGUCAUCGUGUCUGACACUCGUACCAAAGUAGGCCUAGCAGUGUUUGGUGGAGAGGCUCGCAUGGAGGCUCAAGUCGGCCAGUUCAAAGGGGACACGAGGGGUCUUCUCAAUGCUGUGGAGGGUCUCAAACCUCUAGGCGGAGAGACCAGAACAGGCCAAGCUCUUUCCUAUGUGACACGCCAAGGCUUCCAGAGUUCCCCGGUCUUAAACUAUGCAGUAGAUGACCUCCCCCGAGUUGUCGUACUGCUCACAGCCACCCCUUCUGUCGAUGAGGUGGAGGAACCUGCCAAGUAUGCCCGGGACAGAGAGAUCUUCAUCAUAGGCGUGGGGCCAGAUUCCUUAAAGGCACAACUGAACAAAAUCACCGGAAAUCCCCAACGCACACUAACCUACCCCUCUCCCGAUAGGCUCAAUCCAAAGAUUCCUGAGCUCAAGGCCAAGAUCUGCAGCGUGGACAGUCAAGGUUGUUUGGGCCAAGCCGUGGACCUGGUGUUUGCUCUGGAUGCCUCGGAUGGUGUGGGCCGUGACAACUUUGUGACCCUGCGUGACUUUGUGAGUAGCAUCACUGUCCAGUUCGACAUCAACCGCGACCUGGCUCAGGUGGCGCUUGUUACCUAUGGGCGCAGAUCUAAAACUCUGUUCAACCUGGACACUCACGAGUCAGGUUCUGCGGUGCUGAGAGCCGUCUCUGAGGCCCGCUACAUGGGCGGUGUGGCUUCUACCGGCACUGCUCUACUCCACAUCAAGUCCAAUGUCCUGACGGUGGCCAAGGGGUCACGACCUGGUGUCAACAAGGCUGUGGUGGUGGUGACUGAUGGGUCCAGAGGAGACGAUGCCAUUGUGCCCGCUCAGAAGAUAAGGGACAGCGGGGUGUUGCUCUUCGUCGUCGGCAUUGGCGACGUGCAGAGAGAGAAGCUGCUCCGGAUCGCCAGCGUGGAGGAACACAUCAUCUCAGUGCCAUCCUACGAGGAUCUCAAGUACUUUGAGGAUGUGCUGGUGCAGAUGCUAUGUUCAGAGGUGAAGAAGCCAGUGAAUCUGUGUAAGCCGAACCCAUGUAUGAACGACGGGAUCUGCAUCCUAUCAGGAGGAAGCUUCCGCUGCCGGUGCCAGGGCUAUGAAGGACCACACUGUGAAACAAGGAGCAGAAAGUCUUCAUCCAGAGGAGACCUCCCCCGUCCUGCGCCUCUCACAAAGAAGAGGCGGCAGAAGAAGAGCCACCAGGAGCUUCUGGAUCACUACAAACUGCAGCGCAGGAGGCAUUUUUCCCAGUCCAUCUAA